CUCCUUCCUGUGUUGGUGUCCAGUUCCGUGUUUUUCUUCCUUAGUAGGAAUUGAUACAGGGAUUAAGAAACGGGGUGGGACAUAAAAGCCAUAGUCCUCAGCAGUUCAGGGAACUAAAGGACAGUGGUGACCAUGGCUGUCCCUGAGACGGCACAGGCACAGAAGCCUGGCUAUCUGGAUGAGGAACAGCUGAUAAGUAGCAGACCCAGCUAUGCUAUCAGUGGAUCUGGAUACCGACUGGCUUCUGUGCUCAACAGCCUUGCAGUCUUCAGUAUCCCCAGCAGGCAGGAGUAUGAGCAGGACCAGUUACAGCGGAAGCAGUUCUACAAGGAAAUUGCUCAGAUGAAGGACACAAUAAACAACCUGUGCCGUCCCUGCUCCUGGGACUGGACAUUCUUCCAAGGAAAAUGCUACUUCUUCUCCAAGUCACAGAAGAGCUGGCAUGACUCGAUUACUGCCUGCAAGGAAGAAGGGGCUGAACUGGUCAUCGUAGAGAGUGCUGAGGAGCAGAGCUUCCUGCAGCAGACCUCAAAAAGCAAAGGCAUCAUGUGGAUGGGGCUCUCAGACUUGAAUAAAGAAGGCACAUGGCACUGGGUGGAUGGCUCGCCUCUGUCAGGCAGCUUUGCAGACUACUGGAAUAAAGGGGAGCCCAACAAUGUUGGGGGGGAAGACUGUGCGGAAUUCAAGGAUGACGGCUGGAAUGACAGCAGGUGCGAAAACGCCAAUUUCUGGAUCUGCAAGAAGACUGCGAAAUCUUGCUCCCAAAACUGACACCCCGAACCUCUGUCCAAUCCCAGCAGCUCCACCACACCUGCCAGGUAGCCGAAUUUUACCCCCAUUGAUCCUAGCUCCUUCUCCUUAUCUGUUGGACCAGAGACAUCAGCAAUGGCUCUGUAAAUCUUCUCUGCCAUCCUUCUUAUCUUCAUGGGGCUCAGUUAUUGCCAUCUUUAUCCUAGGCCACCAGAUUCCCCCUGGCUUGGUGGGUAUGAUUCCGGCCCAUUGAGAUGGCAUGGGAGAUGUUAAGAACUGGGGUGUACUUUCCUCUAGUCUACACUGUCUUGAUAAGGGGUAGCUGCUGACGGGUCUCUGUAUGGAUUUACCCGACCCCUGCCUGCUGCCCCCCAGUAUGCUGCACUUCCCUUCACCUGCCCUGCACCGCUUAGCCUGGGGACUCUCUAUGGUUGCUCCAGUGCAUCCUGCAGGUUAUGAAUAUCAUUGCAUUAAUCCUUCAGUUCAUCCAUGACUGUCUGGAUUGGUGGACAAGUACCUGCAUCCCUCCUUCCUCGGUGAUUCUAUGGCAGACCCUGCAAUGGGUCUCCCAAAUCUCUCUUCCAGGAAGGGCAUCUUACCCAGCUGCUAGGAGUCCUCUCUAAGGUAGCCCAUUCCGACCUAUGGAUACCUGUUUCUGCAGUGCUGGCCUUGACCCUGAUACACCUCACAUUUGUCUAGGAUAAUGAAGAUCUGACCGUGCUGGUCAACACAGGGCACCUCUGAAGGAUCGCUCCGAUCUCAGAGCUCCCCAUGGAGCCGGCUGUGGCUACUAUCACACUUCCUGUUCUGGGCUUGUCCUCCUGUCCCUUCCUGCUUUCUUCCCGGCAAUGAAAUUAAAAAUAUAUUAGAUUUUAGUCUACAUUCCUGAGUGAUAGGGAUGUCUUUGGUUAUUCAUAAUCAGGCCUACAGAUAACAUAGGAAUGUAUGCUAAGGAGGUGACACGUGUCACCAGAUGGACAAAAAAAAAAAAAAAAAAAAAAAAAAAAAAAAAAACCCUAGGUAGAGGGAUAGAAUUUCCAAUCCCGACCUCCUUCCUCCAGGAAGGAGUGUAAAGAGUAACCUCUCUGAGAACUCUGAACAGGAGAUUUGCUGAGUCCCACGAUGCUGCUACCCAAGGUCCGGAUCCCUGUAGAUGGAUGAUGAACACACACAUCUCUGGGCUUCCUUUGUUAUGAGCAUCUCUUGGCUCCUCCCGAGUUGUUUCUUUUAUAAUAAACCACUUAACAUAAACAGAGUUGUCAGAGAUUCUGUGAGUUCACUGGAAAAUCACCAGGUUUGGAACAGGUUGUUGGAAACCCUGGUCUAGCUGGCUGGACCGAAGCUUGGUCAGUCUAAGUCACCUUAUGCAGCUGACCACAGAAGAGAGUCAGCUUGGGACUGAGCUGUUUACCUAGUAGAGUCCAGCGCUGUCUUUGUGAUGGGAAUUGGAGGACUGCUUGAUAGAAAACAAGCCCCUAGCUUCUUGUCUCUCCCACCACUGUGACACCAAAGAUGCUCCUUCAUGCACACCUUGCAAGGCAGAUUCCAUCUCUCUGAGAUCCAGUCUUCCGCAAGGCUUGGUCGUUCUGAGCUUCUCCAUGGUUUUCUUUUCUUUUUCACUGCUUUCUGCCCAUGGCUUGGAUUUUUUUCCCUUCUGUAAAUUUUCUAUUGAUUUGGCUCCUUUUUAUUUUUUGUUAGUUUCCAGGGAUUAUGGACAUGAGAUCUGUCCUCUGUCAUGGAACAAAAUAUAGUCGACCUCACUUGGCUUUGUGGUCACUCUAGACUGAGGGCAAUUCUGCACCGUGUGAUUAAGUAGCAUAAAGUUUCUAAUCCUCAGGACAGCAGAGCUUGUUUGUGUACAAAGGAAUUGCUAAAGAAAGCAGAAAAGGAAGGCAUAAAACGGGUUGGCUAUUUCCAGUCACUUUCCUUGCCAGUCAGCGAGUGAGACCAACAACAGAAGGAUAACUGACUUGUAAACAAUCACUUCAGGACUUUUGUUAAAACUAGCCGGCAGGCUGAGGCAGGAAGAUCGCUGUGAGUUUGAGGCCAGCCUGGGCUGCAAAGUGAGUUCAAGACCAGCCUGCACCUCAUAGUGGUAUCUUGUCUCAAAAAGAAAAAAAAAACACUCUGCUUUGAAAAUUCAGCUGUUAACCCUCUAAUGCUGAUUUUCAAGAUUUGAGGAAAUAGCAUUGUUUCAGGCUCAUGAAGAGAAACUAGAAUAAUGACUUUUGUGUGUCUGUGUCUGUUUUAUUUUUGUGUGUGUGUGUGUCCAUAUGUUCUUGUUUAUUUUUGCAUUUUGUCGUUGUUGUCAUUGUAGUAAGGUGGCUAGGUGUUGAUGCCUCUCUUCUAAUGAAAGCAUUUAGGUGAAGGAGCUUCACUGGUACAACUGACUUAGCUGCAUCCUACAUAUUUUAUAUGGGGAUCUUUCAUUUUUUUAUUCUAAUUUUUUCUGUUUUGAAAAUAAAACAUGACAACAACAACAAAAGAAUAAAAAUUAUACAGAAUUUCAAAAUAAAAAUAGGAAAGUAAGACUAGUUAAUAUAUUGCAUAUUGUUAUCUUCAAAGUAGUUGCUCAGAUUACAAGAUAUAGGCAUGAAAAUAUUGAAAAGUCAAACAAUGAAAGCAUAAACUAUUCUUUUUUGAUGAACUGAGAUAAGUAGUAGAGUUAUCUGUCUAUCUGUCUGUCUGUAUAUUUUUUCCCUUCCUUCUUUUCUCCUUUCCCCAGUCCCAGUUAUUCUUUCCUUUUGAACACUUAUUUUCCCUUUCAUUUGCACAUGUGUUGUACAUUUUGGAUCUUAUAUACCCUUUCAGUGUUUUUACACUAGAGAGACAUACAAUAUUUACACGUAUGAGCCUGAUUUAUUUCCCUUCUGGGUAUGGCCUCAAGUUGCAUCCAUUUACCUAGAAAAGCUUCAAGGUUACCCUUAUUUAUAGCUGAGUAAUACUCCAUUGUAUAAAAAUACUAUAUCUUCUUUAUCCAUUCCAUGGUUUCCAAGAUUUAGCUAUUAAAAACUAUGCUGCUACUUUUUGUACAUCAAAAGGAAUCACUAACAGGGUGAAAAAAUUCACAAAAUGGAAAAAAGUUUUAGCCAACUGUCCCUCAGACCAUGGACUUAUAUCUAGAACAUAUAAAGAACUGGAAAAAAUCAGAUCCCCCAAAUUUAAAGACCCAAUUCAAAAAUGGGCAUCUGAGAUGAAUGUGUACUUCUCAGAUGAAGAAAUACAAAAUGGCAAAUAAAUAUGUGAAUAAAUUUCAGUAUCACUGGUCAUUCAAGAAAUGCAAAUGAAAAGAACACUGAGAUUCCAUCUCACUCCAGAAAGAACGAUUGUCAUCAAGGAAUCAAGAAAUAACAGAUGCUGGCAGGCUAUGAGGAAAAAGGUACCCUGCUCCAGUGUUGGUGGGAGUGUAGACUGGUGCAACCACUGUGGAAAUCAGUGUGGAGAUUCCUCAAACAAAAAUAAAAACAGGGUUGGAAGUCCCAUUCAACACAGCUAUUUCCCUUCUGGAUAUUUUCCCAGAAUAGUUGCAAACACAUGUCAUGAAUCUAUUUGAUAACAAUGACUGACUUUCCACAGUCAGUAAGUGUACAAAAUCUUUUGCUGAAGUGUAUUGCAGAUCUUUUAAUCUAUAAACUACUAUUUUAACAGCAGUAAUAUAAAUAUAGCAUCUUACACAUUUUAAUAUUCCAGAAGAGUAACAAUUAAUGUUGCCUAUCAGGCUAGGCUUCUUGUGUUCAAUUCAGCCAGAAACCAUUAACUAGCUAAGCACAUCUCUGCUACAGUCCUUAAGCCACCAAAUGACGUCAGGUAAUGCCAGAUACCAAAGGUUGACACGGUCCUUCACUGUCAAUGCUGACCAGAACAUGCUGACCUGUCCUGGAUGCCACAGCUCAGCUCAGCUGGUCUCUGCUGCUGAUACUCACUGGCUGCUGGUCUCUGGAGUUCUUCAGUGCUAACAACUCCUCAUGUUUAUUGCUCAUUCUUUGAUCACUUUGUCUACACAACUCAGAAUAAAAAUCCCAAAUAGAUUUACAUGGCAUUUGGAGCCCACACUACCCAAGAAAUAAAUAAUGGGCAGUUUUUCAGGAUCACCAAAGUGAUUUUUUGUUUUAAUAGGCCUGGACUGCAACACAGGAGGUCAGUACAGUGGAAGGAGCACUUCUAGACUGACCUUAAAAUAUACAGGAGAUUCUUCUUAGAUAAUAGCUGCAGGCUUAGAUAAUAGCUGCAGCCCAGCACAGGCUUGUGAUUGGUGCAGUGUUGUAAGCCUUGGCUAUCAUGAUGUGGCAAGGUUGAAACCAGGUUGAAUCAACUGGAUAGUUUGCUGAGAGUUAAAGAUGCUCACAACAGGCCCAGACCUUCUCCCUCCCCUAGCUUAACCACUGGAGAAGGCCAUGUCCCUCUUCAAAAGGUCAACCAUAGGCGCUCAAGUGAUGGGACUGGGGGAGGGGCACCACCCUGACAGCUGAGCUUAUUCCUGUUGGCGUGCAGUGGGAGAAAGUAGCCAUGGUGAACUCCAAACAACUUGUCCCGAACCAUUGGUAGGGGCAAAAGGGUACAAGGAAAGCGAAGGGAAGGUGCAUGACAGCUGCCAGCUAACCCACUUCUGGGAGAGCCCAGAGCCUCUGGUCUGUCUCAUAGGGGCACACGGCCAAUGUACAACCAUUACUAGCAGCCACCCCACCAAACUCUCCAUUUCACACAACCGAAACUCUGCAUCCACCACACAUGGCUCUCCAGUCACCCCCUGGGACUCCCCAUUCCAUUUUCUGUGAUACAAAUGUGUGGUUGAAUUGGUCCCUUGGCUGAUUGCUUGGCUCUUUGGUUAGUUGGUUGGCAAGUUGGUGGGCAGGUUGGUGGGUUGAUUAGUUGGUGGGUUCUUCCUUAUUUUGAGGCCUCCAUGUCUGGCAGACACGCAAAACACUCACAGAUCUGGUAGACAGUUCUUACUCAAAUCCAGUGGAUAGAUAACAGUUAAGGAUCACAUGAAGGGAAUGCUUCCAGCAACUCUGCAGUAAGAAUGAAGUUUUCUGUGAUUUUUAUUCCAAACUCAAGAUGAAUUUUACCAGAAAGAGGGACUGGAAACUGAUAGAGAGGGGAAUAGGAAAAUCAUCUGUAGGCUAAAAUGCUUUAUAGUUUGAUCAGAGUACUGGCUGAUGGGUGUGUUCAUACAUAUGCCAGGGUCUCCAGCUGUAUAUUAAAAAUAUGUCCUUGUGCCUUCCGUGUGUUCCCUCUCAAUUUAAUUAUUCACAAAUAGAUGCUUGCAUUAUGGUAAGGAGUUCAUGCUCCACUAUCAUGUUAAAACAUCAAUUUAUUUCUAUUUUACUAGAAAUUUUUUAAGGUAAAUCAUGCUUCAGUUUCGGGUUUUGAUAAAUACUUUUAUUCAUCUCAUGGAAGACUAACCUUAAACUGUGAAGUAGUAUAAUAGAUGUCCUGGUCGAAUUUAUGUGUUGGUGAAGAAACUAUUUCAUCCUAGUGUACAUAGGUGGAGAGACAUGGAAAUCCCCAGUUCAGCCAUUGUUAAGGGGUGCCUCCUUGGUGACAUAUCCCCUUGUGCCUGUACCCAGAGUCAGAGGAUGUGGCUGGAAUACCUCUUCAUCUCUGAAGGCUUCCUUCAAAAGAUUCCAAACUUUGGUCACCAGAUACUACCUGACUGAGGGACAUUCUAGAAAAACACUGACCUGAUAUCCUCAGAAAGGUCGAGAUCAUUAAAAGAAAGCAAGUCAGAGACACUGAUAGAGCCCAGAAAAGGCUGAGGAGAUGUGACAUCUACACAUAAUGUAUGAGAGUCAGGAAAGAAUCAUCACACAAGGAGAAAAACAGCAAAAUUCAAAUGACUCGUCGAGGUUCUUGAGUGUGUUUGUCAUAUCUAAGGUGUCAACAUGGGUGCAUUCCCCAUCAGGGCACCUGUUGGUAUGUGGAAGGCCAGCACUAGGGGAAACAGAAUGAGGAUAUGAGAAAUCUCCAAACUAUUGUGGCAAAAUUUGCACCAUUAAACCACUGUGGAGGUCAGUCUGGAGAUUCCUCAAAAAGCUGGGAUUAGAGAUCCCAUUUGACCCAGUUAUUCCACUUCUAGGCAUAUUUCCAGAAGAAAUGAAAACAUAUGUGCACCCAUGUUUAUAGCAGCACAAUUUGUAAUAGCAAGAUCUUGGAAACAACCUAAGUGUCCAUCAACUGAGGAAUGGAUAAAAAAGUUGUGGUAUUUUUAGACAAUGGAGUACUACUCAGCUAUAAAGAAGGAUCACAUUGAGAUAUUUAUAAAUAAAUGGGCGCAGCUUGAGACCAUACUCAUAAGCGAAAUAAAUCAAACUCACAUGUAUAAAAACCAUAUAGUUUCUCUAGUGUAAGAAAUGGUAACAAUACAUAAGAUUUUAUGGUAAUCAUGAUUCCCCAUUACAUUGCUUUGAAGCUUUAUGUUUUCAUUCAUUAGUUGGAAUGGUUUUGUCCUGGUUUGUUUGAUUUUAUUAUCUGUGAUGGUAUGAAUAGCUAUUUUGAAGAAAACAAGACAUUAUAAUAACCAGUGCUGAUUUAGUAUCAUCUUUGAAUUUAAUAUCAUUUAAUAUCUGCUUUGAAGUCCUACCAUGCUUUUGUUCUUCUGUUUCCAUUGGUUCUAUCAUGUUGUAUCUUAUUGGAUUUUAUUAUAAGUGAUAGUAUAAACAAAAUUUCUAUGGAAAAUUAGAUAAUAUAGUAGCCAUUGCUCGUUUUCAGUUAUUUGGUUCUGAAUGCUCUGUAAUACUUUCAUUCUCUUGAAUAGUUUUAUACCACUUUGUUAUGUUUGAUACUACUGUAUGUGAAGGUAUGCUCACCUAUUUCAAAGAAAGAGACAUCAUUGUAGCUACUGUUAAUCACAGGUUGUCUUGUGAAAUACUGUGUUGCUUACAUUGCUCUGUUCUGAUCUGCUUUAUGAUGUCCUAUUUUGUCUUAAUCUCUUUAAAAUAAAAAACGUUUUUAAAGAA